AUGAUUGCUCAGAUAUAUGUGGAUGACAUAGUGUUUGGUGGAAUGUUAGAUGGAAUGGUAAAACACUUUGUCAGUCAAAUGCAGACUGAGUUUGAAAUGAGUAUGGUUGGAGAAUUGACAUAUUUCCUUAGACUACAAAUUAAGCAAAUGGAAGACUCCAUCUUUUUGUCUCAAAGAAAAUAUGUCAAGAACAUAGUCAAAAAGUUUGGAAUGGAUAAUGCUAGUCACGAAAGAACUCUUGCUCCAACACACCUAAAUUUAUCUAAAGAUGAAGGGGGCACAAGUGUUGACCAGAGUUUGUACAGGAGCAUGAUUGGAAGUUUGUUAUAUCUAACAGCCAGCAGACCAGAUAUUGCAUUUGCAGUUGGAGUAUGUGCUAGAUAUCAAGCAGAACCCAAGCUAGCUGACAUUUUCACAAAAGCUCUUGAUGCAACACAGUUUGAAAACUUGCGAAGCAAAAGUAGCAGUAUCUGUGGUUGGUGUAUGCAGGCUGUUGGUAGUAGUAGUGCAUGUUUGUGGGGUAACACACCGGAAGAGGUGGUUAAGAAAACACUAAAAGUGGUGGAGGAUUUUUGGGAUAAUCUUAACAAAAGAGAAGUGUUUCUUAGACUUAAGUCUAGGCAACUUUGGCUAGCCGAAGGGGACGAAAACACUCGAUUCUUUCACAAUUCCUUAAGAGAUAGAAGAAGAAGGAACUCUUUAUGCUCCAUUGGCACUAGGACGGGAAGAGUGGAAGAGACUAAAGAAGUUAAAGAUUUUAUCUUUAAGCACUUUGAAGAUUUCUUUAAAGAAGAUGUUCAUAAUAGACCGGAACCUCGUGGAAUUAAGUUGAACUCAUUAUCGAUUGAAGAAUCUUUGGAGCUUGAAGUUCCUUUCUUUGAAGAGGAAAUCAAGAAUGCUAUUUGGUCGUGUGAUGGGAGAAAAAGCCCGGGGCCGGAUGAUUUCUCCUUAGAUUUCUUCAAAAGGUUUUGGUUCCUUAUUAAAGAAGACUUGAUGAAGUUAUGCAACGAUUUCUACUCCAAAGUUACGCUCGUUAAAGCCAUUACUUCUUCUUUCCUUACGCUUAUUCCUAAAAACAAGAAUCCGCAAGACUUGUUUGAGUAUCGGCCUAUUUGUUUGGUGGGAAGCAUAUAUAAGAUUUUAGAGAAGAUCUUAGCCGAGAGAAAUGAGAGGUGUUUUGGACAUGUUGGGAGAAUGGGGUUUGGGAAGAAAUGGUUGAAAUGGAUGGACUCUUGCAUUUUCACUAGCCAUAUGUCCGUUUUAGUAAACGGUCUAACAGCUCUCACUAGAAAAUCGGUGGAGGUGGGUGAUUUUAAGCCGUUCAAAUAUGGUGUAGAAGAUCAUGUGGAUAUUCUCCAAUUUGCGGAUGACACCGUUAUUAUUGGAGAACCCACUUGUGAUAAUCUUUGGAACAAGAAAGUGUUGUUGCAAGGCUUUGAGCUUGUAUCCGCUCCGAGCAAAAUCAUCAAAGAGAUUAGAGGCCUUCUUAGUAAUUUUUUGUGGAGUGGAAAUGUUAACCAAAGAUGCAUUCAUUGGGUGAAGUGGAUGAAUGUUUGCAAGCCUAAAGAGAAAGGUGGGUUAGGCAUAAGAGAUGUAGGAGAAAUGAAUAAAUCUCUUCUUCUAAAAUGGAAGUGGAGGAUCUUGAAGGAGGAUAAAGCAAUUUGGAGUAAUUUUUUACUUUUGAGAUAUCAAAACCCAAAAAUUAAGGUGCUUGCCUCUUGUAAAGAAGUUUUAAAUCGGGAGGAUUCUAGUUGGUGGAGGGACAUUAUUCUUAACGAUUUUAAAGAGGAAAAUUCUGUUGAAGGUUUCUCCGAUUGGGUCGUUUGUGACUUUAAGAAAGGUAAUAGUAUUCUUUUUUGGCAUAGUAGUUGGUUGGGUGAUCAAACUCUUUGCGCCUCUUUUCCGUAUUUGUUCGAUCUAGCAACCAAUAAACUUUGCGCGAUUAGUGAUGUGCUCUCUUGGAACAACGGUGUCCACUUUUGGAAUUUUGAAGUUCUCUUCAGAAGCGACUUGGCCAUUCACGGGAGGGGUUCGGUUUUCAAAUUUCAUAUGAGGAGGUUAAAGGCGACUUUGAGCGACAUUGUUCCGAACACUUCGGCUAGUGACAACUACCAUUAG